AUGUCCAGCGGAACCUCAGGCAGUGACGAGAAGAUCUCGGCUAGCAAGAUCGAGCCUCUCUCCUCCGAAGUCAAGACGAACACACCACACGAUCAAGGCUCAAGAGGUGUUGCAGGCACAGAUCACAGCAUUGAUCAGAGCCGGAUCGAACCUCUGGGCGGUGCAGGUCAAUACCAACACCCGGCUCCACAUGCUGAUUCUCAGGGCGUAGUGGGCAGAGACGAGACAAUUGAAGGAGCCAAAUUGGAGCCUCUGGAGGGGAAGGGCAGCGAGCCAACGAGCAAAUCCACAGGUCUGGAUGAUGAGCAGGUCGAUGCCUCAAGAAUCAACCCACUGGGCGAGGUGAGAGAGGAAACGUCUUGA